AUGCCUUCUGUCGAAGAAGCCGAUGUUGGGAUUGUCUGUUACAUCUCUCAUCUCCCUGGCUUCCGUGGAGUUCUCAAGCAGAGGUAUUCGGAUUUUAUUGUAAACGAAGUAGAUUUGGAUGGAAAUGUAGUUCACUUAACCUCACUGGAGGCUCCUUUAGAGAUUGCUGAGCAGAAAAAAGAAAAGAUAGCAGAUGUGAUGGAUAAAGAUUAUUCCACCGAGAUGGAGUCUUUUAGAUCUCUUGCUGGUGAUUCUGAUACGGAAAAGUUGAAAUAUUUUGUAGACCAAAUCGGUGAAGUAGCUAAAAGCAAUGAUGAAUCUGUUGUUCUUUCUCCUAGCUCUGAUAAGUCCCAUCGCACGGCUAUUCAUAACUUCUUCAAGGAGAGACUGAAAUUCCUAGUUACUGACACUGUUGAUGGGCCGGAUACCCUAUCAAAGUGUAUUCGUGUGCGGUUGAAUUCAGCAAGUAAUAAUGACCGGGGAAAGAAUUCAAGGAAAAGAAAAGAGCGAGGUCAUAAACCAUAUGAUAGUAGAGGCUCAGACAGUUGGCCGGCAGACAUGGGCAAGUUCCUCAGGUUUUGUCUUUACAAGGAAAAUAAGGAUACACAGGAUGCUCUAAGGCUCCUGGGAAAGAUGCUUGGCAUUCAGCCCAGGUCUUUUGGUUUUGCCGGCACUAAAGAUAAACGCUCUGUAUCCACUCAAUGGGUUACUGUUUUUAAGCAGCGGGCGAGUAAAUUAGCAGCACUUAAUAAAAAACUAAUUGGCAUCAAAGUUGGGAACUUCUGUUAUGUUAACGAAGGACUUGUUCUUGGGCAGCUUUUAGGAAAUCGGUUCACAAUUACAUUAAGGAGCAUUGAUGCUGAGAGUGAAGAUAUAGUUAGAGCAUCUGAUGUGACAAGAACGAUAAGGGAGUAUUACAAGGAGAGUGGUGACAUCGAGGAAACUCUAAGACAGUUGCCUCGCCAUAUGGUUGCAGAACGUUCUAUUCUGCAUUGUCUUAAAAAAUGUCCUGGAAAUUACCUACAAGCUCUGUUGGCUAUACCGAGGACACUAAGAAUGAUGUUUGUGCAUAGUUAUCAAAGCUAUUUAUGGAACCACGCAGCAAGUAUGAGAAUACAAAAAUAUGGGGCCCACCAGGUUGUGUCGGGGGAUCUGGUUUACUGUAGAGGACAAGAGAUUAAUAAAGAAGCUGUAUCCUCUCAUUCAGAGUUGGAAGAUGGCAGUAGCAAUGAAGCAAAUGUUGAUUGCGAUCUGGAUGAUGUACCUGUCACCGAUUUUCCUGAAGCAAGAAACAUGUCUGUUAAGGUCAUAUGUGAGGAGGAUAUAGUUGCGGAAAAGUAUACCAUUGACGAUAUUGUCCUUCCCUUGCCGGGGUGUAGGAUAACUUAUCCAACAAAUGACAUAGGGAAUGUCUAUUGUGACUUGGCAAAAAAGGAUGGUAUUAGCUUGACCGACUGUGCACACAAUUCCAAGGAAUUUUCAUUUACCAACCUGACUGGAGCAUAUAGACGAGUGUUUCAAAAGCCUAAGGACUUUGAGUGGGAAUUGCUCAACUACCAAGAUCCAAAUUUACCACUGGCUGAGACAGACUGGGAAACUAUUACAAAGUCAGGUACAACAUGUACAGUUGUUGGAGCCUUAGACGAGAAGGAACAGAACAACUGUCAAACUGAUUCGAGAUCAAAGGUGGAUAAUUGUGAAACUGAGAUUGAAUCUGAAAGUCACAGAGACAAAGAUGUGAUGCAAACAGCUGAGCCUGUGGCUGCCACUAAGACGCAAAAGGCUCUAAAGUUGACCUUUACUCUCCCGGCUUCUUGUUAUGCAACUAUGGCCAUAAGGGAGCUGCUGAAGACAUCAACCUCUGUUGACUUUCACAAGGCAUUAAACUAA